AUGUCCGACAAGUUGGUCGAGUCCGUGGAGGACGACAGCUCUGUCACGAUGCUAGACGUUCUCCAGGUGGAAAGUCAGCUCGAAGAGGACGCGUACGCCGUUCUAGGUGCAUCCGACGACCAAAAUUGUACUUACAACAAGGGAUACAUGAGGCAAGCCUUGUACGCGUGCAAAACGUGCUGCUCAGAUAAAAUCCGAGCUGCCGUUUGUUUGGCGUGCAGUUUUCAUUGUCACGAGGGUCAUGAACUUGUGGAGCUGUAUACAAAGCGACACUUUAGGUGCGACUGUGGAAAUACCAAGUUUAAUGGCAAACAAUGUAAUCUGGAGAAGAUGAAAUCUGCAACCAAUACUGAGAAUAAAUACAAUCAGAAUUUUGAUGGUGUUUAUUGUACCUGCGCGAGACCAUAUCCUGAUCCAGAAGGUGAUGAGGAUGACAUGCUGCAGUGUAUAAUAUGCGAGGAUUGGUAUCACUUGAAACAUCUAGAAUGUGACAACAGCGCACCAGUAGAUAACUCGUACGAUGAGAUGAUCUGUGCAGGCUGUAUGAGGAAAUACAACUUUCUGUGGAAAUAUGCAACAAAAUAUGCAGUUCUAAAGAAAGCGGAUGCAAAAUCAGAUGUAUCUGAGAAAAAUGAAGAGAUAGACGUCAGUGAGUUGCCGAAAGGAUGUCAAAUGCCAAAACUUGGCUGUGUGGAUCCUAAGGGGAGCUGUUUUUGGAUAGAAGGUUGGAGAACUGCGUUGUGUACCUGCGAAGAAUGCAAAUCUUUGUAUAAUGCAAAAGACAUUGCAUUUUUACUUGAUCCAAAAGACAGUGUACAAGCAUAUGAGGAAGCAGGCAAAAUGAAUAAACAGGAAUCUCAAUAUGAAAAAGGCAUGAAGGCUCUUGCUAGCAUGGGACACGUACAAAAGUUGACAGCGAUUGAAGAAUACAAUAAUAUGAAAGAACGACUUAUGCAGUAUCUACAGAAGUUUGCUGAAAACAAAAAGGUCGUACGCGAAGAAGAUAUUAAGGAGUUCUUUUCAGAAAUGGAAUCCAGAAAACGUCCUAAAGUGACAGUGCCAACAUAUUGUCGUUGAAAACUUGUACUUCACCCCCGUAGCUAACAAUGAUCCAAAUAAAAAUAAGCAUUUUAUUACGUUUUUAUGGCAGGUUCGUAUAUCUUAAUUUUCAAGAUUUUUAUAUUUAAUGUUUUGGUAUACGUUAUUGCAUAUAUAUUGGAGAGUCAAUAAAAAAAUUUUCAUAUAUAAUUACAAAAGGGUAAAAGAGAUAUGUAAAAAGAUUGUAAUUUGCUGAUAUAAAAUUAUAAAUACAUGUCGAGGAAGAGUAUUAAUUAAAAAAAAAAUAUUUGCUAUUUCUUUGUACGUAAGAUAUUUAAUCUCCAAUUCUAUUUAUGAAUAAAUUUUUAUUGAAAGAUA